AUGUACGAGGGCUUCCUCGCGCUCGGAAUUGCAGCUGGUGGUCAAUUGACCACCACCGAUGAAGUAGAGAACUUCCCUGGCUUCAAGAUGAUCCAGGGUGGGAAGCUCAUGGACCAAAUGCGCGAGCAGUCCGAAGCCUGCGGCACCGAGAUCAUCUCCCAAACCGUUGCGAAAGUCGACCUCAAGGCGAAACCCUUCAAGUACUGGAAAUCGAAGAGGAGGAGCACACGGCCGAUUCCCCUCAUCAUCGCAACCGGCGCAAAGGCUCGCAGACUGGACCUCCCUGGCGAGUCAAAAUUCUGGGGCAAUGGCGUGUCCGCCUGCGCAGUCUGCGACGGCUCCUUGCCUAUGUUCCGCGACCAACCUCUCGUCGUUAUCGGCGGUGGUGACUCUGCGGUAGAGGAGGCACUUUACCUCACCAAGAAGGCGAAGAAGGUCACCGUGUUGGUGCGAAGAGACAAGCUGCGGGCGAGCAGGACCAACGCGCGACGACUGACAACGCACCCGAAGAUCGACAUCAAGUACAACACCAGCGGGGUGGAGAUCCAGGGCGAGGAGAAAAAGAAUGGUCUCAUGACGCAGCUCGUCAUCAAGAACAACGUCACCAAAGAGGAGCAGACCAUCGAAGCCAAGGGAUUGUUCUACGCCGUUGGCCACGAUCCUGCGACUGCACUCUUCAAGGACCAACUUGAUAUGGACGAGGACGGCUAUCUGAUCACUGAGCCUGGACGCUGUACCACUAGUGUAGAGGGUGUUUUCGCGGCCGGCGAUGUCCAGGACAAGCGAUAUAGGCAAGCUAUCACGAGCGCAGGCUCCGGCUGCAUCGCCGCCCUCGAAGCCGAAAAGUGGCUCGCCGAGCAAGAUGACUCGGUCGACAACGAGCUCGAGACCGAGAACCAGGCCGAGAAGUCGCAGACCAACGGCGUCGUCCCCGAGUACCGCUCCAACCCGCUCUUGUAG